AGCUAUAAUAUCGCACCCUUAAAACAUAAAUAGCACUAGGUAUACAAAAAAUGCUAUUUUUUAGUUAAGUAUAGUGUCAAAAUGCGUAAGACGAAACGCGCCUAAUGCAAAGACCCCUGUAGCUCUAACGCGCUUAAUUUUCGCUAGAUGUUGCUAGUGUCACUUAUGAAUUUGUAACAACUUGCACGGUCGGUAAUUAAUAAACCGGCACUAUGCCAGAUCGCGACAAGUCACCGGAGGGAUCUCUUGUCGAGAUAACUGCUGCGGCCAGCAGAAAAAUCAAUUCAUCAUCAUCAUCAUCUUGCAUAGAUGUACAUACCGAUGACGUGCACUUAACUGAAAAGUAACAUCUAUAACACAAGAGUUUUAAAUCCGUGGAUACACACAGAACGAAGGAGAUGCAGCACAUUCAACGAUUGAGCAACAAAUAAAAAUAAUACUUAAAUCUGGACCCAUUUAUUUGCCUUCCCAGUACGUAACCGACAUCAGAAGUGGACACACCAUUCAAAGUAAACGAAAUGGCUUAUAACGAUUUUAUUGACAUCAAACAACUGCCCGUUCCUAGACUGAACAAAAGCGUUGAAAGUGAGCUUGUAAAGGUGUCUGAUAUAAAAGUCAUCAAAGUGGUGAAAGUUGAAGAUAAUAAGGUAAAAUUUUGUUACAAAACAUCCUAUGUUGAUGAUUUCAAAGAACUUAACCCGGGAUCUAAAAGAGCCAGUGCAAGGAACCAGAGGACUGAAGAAUUGCAACAUCUGUAUAACCAAAAGUUAGAUUUAUCCGAAAGAAAGAAGAGUGACGUGAAAAGCCUUAUAGAUGCUGGUUUGAUACUCAACUUUUACAAUUCCUAUUUUGACAGAGUUUUGAACUAGGUGGGUAGUGUCCACCCUUUAAAAAUGUAGUUGAUUAAUUAUUAUUUGUAAGAAGAGGUUUUUGAUAGGUUUUUUUUGUGAUCUAUUUUACGGAUUUUUGUGCGGAAAUGUUUUUAAGUUACUGUCACUUUAAUAAUAUUUUUCUCGGUUCUAGAACUUGAUGUUUAAAGACCGAAUUGCUAAAAGACGACAGGUUCUUACAUAAUUCAGUUUUAAAUUCAGUUUUACAAGAUUUUAUAGGAUGUACCUACCUACAUGAUGUUGAUACAAUAUUUUUUAUAAUUACUUACGGUUUUUUGUGAAAAACAAUAUUUUUAAGUUAAGUACCUACUGUAAGUUAUAAUAAAUAAUAUUUUUGCUGCCUCUUGUGAUUAAGCCUUUAAU